CAGCGCCGUCUCCAUCCCAUGGAGGGCCGCUCCCUUGCCUUGCCAUCCAGCCACUCCUACGCCGCCUCCCUCUCGUCGAGGGGCGCCUCCCUCGCCGUCCAGCGCCGCCCCCUCGCCGUCCAGCAGCUCCAGUGCCGCCUCCAUCCCGAUCGACGGGUGCCUCCCUCGCUGUCCAGCCACCCCAGCGCCGCCUCUCUCCCCGUUGACUGGGUCCUCCCUCGCCGUCCAGAUCUGAUCCCCACGCCGGCCAGCCGCCUCACCCUUCUGUCUCCCUCCCAGUCCAGCUCCUCCCACUGCCGAGUCAAGUCUUGGCGAACUACAACCGACCUGAGGAGAGGAAGACCCAAAAAAGGGUCCGAGGCUAGCAUGUCAGCUACCACGGCAAGGAAGGAGGCAAGUUUCCCGCUACACUCAUCCUCUGCAGUUGCUUCGUUAGGUACACUCAUCAUUCAUGGUUUUUUAUUACAGUUUCUUAGCAUACAUGAUAUGCUUACCAACAGGUUCCAAACCUGCUGUUUGAUGUUGCUGGUAUUAUGUUUGGUCAAUGGUAUACCUUCUGGGAGUUCUUCUUUGCAACUUUGAUUGGGAAGACCAGCAUCAAGACUCGUAUUCAGGUGGAUGAAUCUUCCCAAGCCUAAGAGCUUGUUGGUACUCUGUUUGGAAGCUUCUUCCCAUGCUGAGAAGACCAUGGUGCUACUCCGACCAAGGAGAAUCAUUUAGGAAUGUAUUUUCUGACUGUUCAGCUUCGUUUGUCUUUUGGAGGGGCUAAAUGGAGCAGCUCUUGUUCUUUUUAAGUUUUGGGGAACCAUGAGUUGGAAUAUCAUUUUGUGAACAAUUCAAGAUAUUGCAAUGAAUGUGAUCUUAUUUA